CUAACUACUAUUAGCUACUGUUAGCUAAUAGUAGUUAGCUAAUAGUAGCUAAUAGCUAACUACUGUUAGCUAAGAGUAAUUAAUAGCUAAGAUUUCCUUAUUUGUUCAUGCAGUCAGACAUGUUACAUUCGCUGACAUUGUCACAUUUUGUAAGUUGUCUUUUGGAUCAAAAUACAGAUUAGUCAUCAAUAGUAUAAAAAAACACUUUUAUAAUUGCAACCAUCACUGUAUUUACGAUGUUUGGCAGCCAUGUUGGAUUUUUAGUUUCAGGUUGGAGUGGAAUCUCCUGAUUUUUAAAAUCAAACUUUAAACUUCUGCGCAACGUUUCAGUUGAUUUUUUUCACCACGUUGGGACUCUUAAAUUAAGGAUUCUCAGAAUCAGCUUUUUGGACAUGUUUGUGCGCAGAAACAAGGAAUUUGACUUUGGUUCCAGUUUGCUCUCAAUGUACAUCUUAAAUAUAAAUAUAUAAUAAUUGGUGGGAAAUAAAACAUUUUUUGUUGCUCUCAGUUGAUAAUUUGUAAAUAUAGCUUUUCAUUUUCUUUUCUUUCUUCCAACAAAAUAGGCUGACAAGAUUGAAUUAGUACAAAUAUGCAUGGUAUUGAUCUGGACACUCUGGUACUGUUAAGUGUCCAUCAGAGAGACACCCUGGGAGAAGAAACUGUCUAAUUUUUGCAAAAAGCAGUCGGUAGCGACAACUCAAAAAUAAAAGCCUAAACAGUUUGUGUCCAGGAUAAGCGGGAUCUGCAAAGAUAUUGCCGCCCCUUUUUCUUCACCCUGGACCUUUACACGUCCUGGGUGGAGGAAGGUCAGCCCUGAAGAUCCUUUCUGCAGAUCCGACAUACAUAAAAUCUAUGCCAAAUUUAGUUUUUCAUAUUACCAAACCCAAUAACAAUGAAUAAAAAAUGUCCGGCGUCUCUGUCUUUCCAGGUUCUGAGUUAUUUAGCCGUAACAUAAGUUAUAACGUGGCUCUCGAACACAAGAUCUUAACUCUCCCUAAAGUAAUUUUGAUGAAAUUUUGUACUCUUGCUUAAACUUUCCUCACUUUCCUCCUGAUAUUGCAUCUUAAGCUGUUCUGGUAAGAAGUAAUUUCAGUCCUCCAGCUAACUGACAUUUCACCUUCAACCAUCCAAUCUGCUGCAGCUUCGUCAGCAGAUUCUUUCAGCCCCUCAGCGUUCGCUUCGCAUUUUAGCAGAAAAUGUAAUUUCUCUAGUGUCACAGUUGUUUAUGUCCCAUUUGCAAAACCUCUCCUGCACAACAUUUUCAUUCUUUCCGCUGUCAAAUCUUUGCAUUUUUGUGCAAAUCUUAAAAACUCAGCAGAAUUGUGAUUUUAUUUUUUUUAUUUUUUGAUCAGGUGUGGCGAUAUUCUUCCAGGUUUGCAUCAUAGUUUAGGUGUGAAGUACUCCCGCAGCAACAAGGUCAUGGAUUGAGUGGUUUGCAAACAAAUCUUUUAGUCAAUUACGUGCAGAUAUGCGUGUGUUUCAUAUCGUAUGUUUGCAUUUGCAGAGUUGAAUAAUCUGACGUGGUCAAUGUGCAGAUCAUGUCUCUGGAAAACAGGCUUUCUUGCACAUAAAUGGAUGUUUCUGACUUUAAAGCUAAUGGUGUUGCAUGUUUAUUACUUUCCCCCCCUCAAACAUUAAGGAGCUUCAAACGGCGCCUCUUCUCGGUGGUCCAUGACGCGUACAUCAGGUUCACCGAGGAGUCGCUGGCGCAGUCGGUGUGUGACCAGCCGUCAGAGGCCACCGAGGUCACCAUCAAGGGCCUGGAGGUGUCCAAACCAGGCCGCUACCAGACGCUCCCCUCGGACAGCUUUCUGGAAAUGAGUGACUCUGGCGUGGAGUUCACCCACUCUGGCCUCCACCUGGACAGCGACACCGAGGCCGUGAUGACCUACGCCUCCCACAAGCCCCUCCUGAACGCCGCCUCGCCGCCCGCCGUCACAGAAGCCGUGCUCUCCGACAGCCUGGAGGCCCACGCCGCCCCCGACGGAGACCUCAGCGCCGUGCGAACCCCGGACUCUGUCAUGAGCGCCAGCCCCGCCUCCAACCCUCGCUCGGCCUCGGCCGCCACCCCCGACGGCAGCCUGCAAGGCGCCGCGUCCCCGGCCACGCCCUCCAGGGGCUCCGCGGAGACCGACCCGGCCCAGACGGAGGCGGAGGGAGAGGAGGCCGCCCAGAAGGAGUAACCAGGAAGUACCAGAGCGCCUCCGGAAGCUUUAAACGAUCUAAACACGGACGAAUCCUUUAUCCGUCCUCCUGAAACAUCAAAUAUAAAAUAUACAGAGGAUGGCCGUAGAUGUGCACAACACACACGUCAAAUUCACAAAUGCACAAAAAAAUAAGAAAAAGAAAACACCAACAUGGCCGCCUAUCAAAAGAACAAAGCAAUCCAGUGCAUGAAGUUCAGGAAGAGAUAAAAGAAAAAGUCUUAGGGUCAGAUCUAGACCGUUAGCGUAGACCACAUGCAUGCGUUAGGAAAUAAAAACACUCCCCGCACUUCUAUCCAAUCCUUUGCGUUCAUGUCAAACCGGUUCAGUAACAGGAAAACGACAAGCGUCUGAGGCUACCGUCAGCUUUCAGUGAAUCCUAGCUCCAAACGGCAAAGAGUUUUUCCUCUGAAGCAGCUUUGUCUGCCGCCUCAGAGAAUCACGCCGAUGAUUGCAUUUCAAGGCCGCUCCCACUCGCUCUGUUAUUAACAGGACAAGCAUGUCAGAGAAACAUCCCCGCAUCUCCGCUCGAAACUGCUGCUUUCAGCAUCCGCUCGCCGGGAUUAGCUACUCGAGGUGUUAUUUCUGGAAAAAAA